AUGCGCAAACCCCAUGGCGUCCCCAGUGCAGCAGGAGCUGCAGCAGCAGGUGCUGCAGCAGCAGCAGGUGCUGCAGCUGCAGCAGAAGGUCCAGCAGAAGCUGCAGCAGCAGCACGAAUUCCACGCACGACUGGUCCCUGCGUUUGCAACCAGCAGCAGCAGCAGCAGCAGCAACAGCAGCAGCAGCAGCAGCAGCAACUCACUCCCCACGAAGGCGUUCUAUGA